GGAAAGUGGAAACGAAUUCCAGGCUAGAUUCAGUCCUGUUGCUGUCGUCUAUGAAUUUACCUGGCGGGGAACUGAGAAGGAGAUCAGCAGAAGAUGAGCUUGCAAUGAGGGACUAUCUGCAGGAAGGGGACCUCAUCAGUGCAGAGGUCCAGUCUGUCUUUUCUGAUGGGGCUGUAUCACUGCAUACCCGGAGUCUGAAAUACGGGAAGCUUGGCCAGGGUGUGCUCGUUCAGGUCUCACCCUCCCUUGUGAAACGCCAGAAGACUCACUUCCACGACUUGCCCUGUGGUGCAUCUGUGAUCCUCGGCAACAAUGGUUUCAUCUGGAUCUACCCAACGCCGGAGCAGAAGGAUGAAGAGGCAGGGGGCUUUACCACCAGCUUGGAGCCGGUUCCCUUGUCUGACCGGGAGGUGAUCUCACGGCUCCGAAACUGCAUUGUGGCUCUGGUUACUCAGACGUUCAUGCUCUUUGACACCAGCAUCCUGUAUUGCUAUGAAGCAUCCCUUCCUCAUCAGAUCAAGGACAUUCUCAAACCAGAGGUGAUGGAGGAGAUCGUUCUGGAAACCCGACGGAGGUUGCUGGAUCUGGAGGGAUAGGGCACGUGGCCAGAAGCAGUCAUUUGAAGUCCCAGCAUGGCAGCUUUUGAUUCUCAUUUUUCUGUCUGUUUGUUUUUUUUUUUUUUCCCAGUGUUGUAGUCCCCAACAUUCAUUCCACACUUCAGAAACCACCAAAAUUCCUCAUUUUAACUCCUAGGAUACCUCCUGAGCUCUUUUAGUACAAUAGUACUUAGGUACAAUAGCCUUUUAGUGCAGCAGCCAGAAAAAUUGGUAUCUGACCUUUAUGAAGAUGCAGAUGCAACUGGGACAUACCUCAUAGCACUUGUUGCUGUGUCUAGUGCCCCAGAACUGUGUGCAGAAUGGUAGAGAGGAAGGGAUGUGUUUUGUGAUGUUUCUCUCUCCCCAAAGGCUUUCUAAAUGGUUUUGAUUUUCCUUUACUGUGAUACAGAUCUACCAGUCUGUGCUCUGACUGAGAGCUAUUGUUUUUCUCUUUAAGACUGUAGAUCACAGGUACAAGUCUUUAGAGGACAGGAGUAUCCACACCCUCGCUAACCACAUUUUGGGUCUGGCUGUUCACGGCUUCUGCCUCUCAAGGGUAUGAGAUUGGAUGUGGCAUGAUGUGGCUGUCCACGUGAGCCAGGAGCCAUGGGCGAGCAGCGCCUUCUCAGUCUGUGUGCAUCCUGCUGGUCCCUUUUUUAUGCCUGAUGUGGUGAGCUCCUCCUCUGAGGAGGCUCCAGUGUUGUUUUCUAUUAAAUAUUUUACAUUUCAAUAAAUUUUUUGAAAUAGAUCAGUCAUUCAGGAGUGUGUGCAUUAGCUUAUCUUUCUCCAGAAUGAAUUGGGUCUAGCUUGAGAGCUAUGGUUGG